AUGUUGGCUUCAAUGUGGAAGCCGUGGACACUACUACCGCUGCGCUUAUAUUGGCUCUUAUCUCCUGAUACGAUGCUACAGCUUCUGAUUCUAUGGCCUCUAGAGAUGUAUGAAUCAGUGGUUAUUAUACCGGUGAGCUUUUUACGCCGCCAUGUGCCCGUACUGGGUGGUGCACUGGUCGUACUUAUGACGUUACACGGUAUCCUGUUGCGGCUGUUUUUGGAGAUGCUGCGCGCUAUUUUUGCACGUGUGACGUACUCACGUGAUCCCGUGCUGACAUUCUACAGUUUCUGGCGCGCGAUGCAGGAUCACUAUGCUUUUAUGGAGCUCAGAGGCGUCGAUUGGCAACUCGUGCGGCAGCUGUUUGGAGACACGAUACAACAAACUACGAGUGAUGAUGAUUUGUGGAUUGCAAUGCAGGAUAGUGUCUCACUUUGUGAUGACCCAUUGCUUGCGGUUUCGCGCCCUAUUGGAUCGAGUCCUGCAGGAUCCAGGACGUUGACAGUACGAGGACGCAAACUGCCCAGUGCGGCUGCGCUGAGAUACCAGCAACAAACAGUGGCUGCUAUUGAGAGAGAGCACUUGAAUCAAGGUGGUCGUAGAAUUGACAACGGCCGAUUUGUUUGCGGUAUUCUAAAUGCCGAGACAUGUCCAGGAUGGAGGAUUGGGUACAUUUGCCUAACUGCUAUGCAAGGCUUUGUAGAAUUUUCACUGCCAAAAGUUGACGCUCUCGUGCCGUCUCGGACAAGAAGAAUAUCAGCAGCAGAUAUUUCAUGUGAAGCAGAUGCAGGACAGACACUUUUGGAUGCUGACGGACUGACAGGAAAGGAUAGAGGAGGAGCUCUGGCAGGUAACUUUAUGGUUGUGCCUGAGAUCUAUGACUUGGAGUCCAUGCGUUGGUCUCUUGAAGCAAUCUUGAAGGGUCUGGGCGAUGUCGACGGAAUGAUUCUCGAUUGUCGCUUCAACCAAGGUGGAGGCUCGUAUGUCACUGCGUUGACAGUGGCAUCAUUCUUUGCCAGCAAGGACAAAGCGCUGGCUUUUUCUACGGAUGAAAAAAUACCAGGUGGAACGCCGAGAUUCUCCAAGAGGAAGAAAUAUUAUAUACCGUACACGUCGCGUUGCACGCGCUACCGUGGUCCGCUAGCCAUACUGCAGAGCCAAUACACGCGCGGUACGGCAGAGUUAUUGUGUCUGUCUUUGAUGCAGCGGCCGCUUACAUGCCGUGUCGGGGCCACCACUGCCGGUAGCCUUUCACCCACACGGCAGCUACGUUUGCCCAACUACUGGACGGUUGAGAUUCCGUAUCAGCAAUUGAGUAACGGCAAUUCGCAAAAGAAGCACCAGACGGCUCCACCUGCUGUCUCGAGUGCUGCUUUUGACCCGUGUGUGAGGAAGGCAAUCGACCAUAUCAUGGAUGUUUGA